AUGGAAACUAGAGUCAAAACUCCGAGUUCCCCCUCCUUACCAUGGAGAACACGUAUUUACCUAUCCUUUAUCUCCUGGGCAACAGACGCAGUUAGCAAACCAGACGGCACUGUCAACCGUCGUUUCCUCAGAUGCCUUCAGCCACCGAUCCCAUCGAUUUCGAUACCCAUCUUUGGUGUCAAGACAUACGAUGUGGUCAUAAAUCCAACUAGCCAGCUUUGGUUCCGCGUAUUUGUCCCAAAACAGCAUGUUGUUGAAGAUCUACCUCUGAUUAUGUGCUUUCAUGGGGGUGGAUUUGUCUAUCUUGCCCCCAACGUAAAAAUCUAUGACACUUGGGGCCGCAGGAUAGCAAGAAAAGUGCCUGCCAUUGUUGUUUCUGUUGGUUACCGUCGUGCCCCAGAGCACCGAUACCCUGUACCACAUAACGAUUGUUUUGACGUGUUGAAAUUAUUAGACGUUGAGGAAAAUAGAUCAAAAUGGCUACCGGAGAAUGUUGAUAUUUCACGUUGCUUUCUCCUUGGUGAUAGCGCGGGUGGAAACAUAGCUCAUUAUGUUGCUCAAAGAGCAUGCGAAUUUAACUUCCAACGACUUCAGGUAAUUGGUUUGAUAUCAAUUCAACCAUUCUUUGGUGGAGAGGAGCUAACAGAUGCCGAAAGAGAACACGAAGGAACUCCCCUAGUGUCACUGAAGCAAUGUGAAUGGUAUUGGAAGGCUUUGAUGCCGCCAAGUGAAGGAAACAAUCGUGAUCAUACAAUCAUCAACGUGAGUGGGCCGAAUGCAAUGGACAUAUCAAAAUAUGAUUUUCCAGUAACCAUGGUAGUUGUGUCUGGAUUUGAUCCUCUAAGAGACUGGCAAAACAGGUACUACGAGUGGCUGAAGAAGUCCAAGAAAGAAGCAUAUUUGGUGGAGUACCCAAAUAUGUGUCACAGUUUCUAUGUCUUCCGAGAGGUGCCUGAAUCUGAGCAACUUUUGUCAGACGUAAAGGACUUCAUUCACAAAGUGUGUUCGAAUACUAACUGA